UUCAAGAAUCAAAAUUGAAUAAAAUGAAUGGACUAAGUUCGGAGCACGUUAUUCGCCUUUCACACGAUUCAUUGCGACUAGAUGUUGCCGCUCGAGUUACUACCUCUCUCUCACUCUCUGUCUCUCUCCCUCUCAGCCCAGUAACCUCCCUUUCGUUCAUCCCUAUCUGUUGCCCUCGUCGAAGCAGCAUGCGCGAGAUGCGCGUUCGCAACACCCUUGGUUGUUGGCUGUCGCCCUUCUUUCAUCCUCUGCCGUUCUUUCGUCCCUCAUUCUCUAUCUCCUUAUCCGCACUCCCAUGUAAUUCUUCUUUCAUUGGUAAAUCACCGUUCACUUUUUCCUCCUAUACUUUUGUAUUCACUCCUCCGCUCAUCUUAUUUAAUCGCAAGGAUAAGACGACAUAUUUGAACAUCGCUACGAAUGGAUAUUUACGUCGCUUUCGCGAUGCUAUCAUCAUCCGAUCAAUUGCGAAAGUAGAAACAACAAGGCUUUAUCAGACAGUUAUCAGAAAUUAUCCUACGGUGGUGGCGCCGUACAUUAUUUCAGAAGAAACGAGGUCGCUCCGACUUGCCGGCGAUGAUCACACAAAUGCUAAUUUGCUACAGAUCCACCAUCAUUCCGAAAUUUUAAGAACUUUGCACCCGCAGUCAAAACAAUUGGACUUUUAUUAAAUCAUCGGAUAACGUUCGGACAACAAGUUGACAAAAAAUUCGAUUCGCGUAGGUAGGCUCGAUUAGGGGGUGCGGAU